UAGAUGUACAUAUUAUUAACUACUUAUAGUGGUAGUACAACUACUUAAAUAAAUAAUAACUAAUUAUUUUUAUUCCUCGUCGGCGUUUCGACGGAAUCUUCCAUUUCCUCGCCGUCGUUUCCUGCCGGAAAAUUCCUAUCUAUCAUUUCUACUCCACACCCUUUUUCAACUUACUUUCCUUUAAAUCUGAAACAAAUUUGAGGAUCAGAAAAGCAUUUGGUGAUCUGGGUCUGGUUUAUUCGAAUCUCAAAUUGUAACGCAAGCUGUUUGAGUAUCGGACUUUGAAUGAGGUCCAUCAGAUGCUGCCUGUAAUUUUCAUUUAAUAAUUUGGGUUUGAAUUCUGAAAGUUGAAAUGGAACCGGAUAUAGACAAAGCGCUCAGAGCCAAAGCAAAUGCAGAAAAAAAAUUUGCCGAGAAAGACUUUGUAGGUGCCAGGGAUUAUGCUGUAAAAGCUCAAAAGCUGUGUCCUCGACUGGAAGGUAUAGCUCAAAUGGUGGCUACAUACGGAGUUUACAUUGCUGCUGAGAAAAAAAUUAAUGGAGAAUUUGACUUCUAUUCGAUCCUUGGAUUAGAUCCAUCUGUGGACAAGUCGAAAUUAAAGAAACAGUACAAAAAGAUGGCAGUGUUGCUCCACCCUGACAAGAAUAAAACUGUUGGAGCUGAUGGGGCAUUCAGGCUUGUCUCUGAGGCAUGGACACUUCUAUCUGAUAACGUCAAAAGGAGCUCUUAUGAUCAUCGGAGGAAUUUGUUUACUGGACAGAAUGUUGGGGCUGGUGUUUAUGACAGUUAUUCCAAGUUUUCAGGUUCCCAUAGGAUACUUGAUACAUUUUGGACAGUCUGUACAUCUUGUCACGUUCAAUACGAGUAUCUCAGGAAGUAUGUGAACAAGCGGCUCUCUUGUAAGAACUGCCGUGGUGUCUUUAUUGCUAUUGAAACUGGACUAGCCCCGGUGGAUGGUUCUUUCUCAUAUGGCUCUUGCUAUGUUCCUGAAAGUGUUUAUGGAAAUCAUGGCUGUGGAGCUACAUAUAUACCAAUGACCACUGGACUUUGUGCACCUAAUGGAGUUUCGGGACAUCAUAUGGGACAUAGAUCAGAGUGUGUCUCCAAUAUAUCGUUCCAACGUAACUCAUUCUCUGAAAAGUCUGUAGGUACUUUAGAUCCUAAUGGAUUAUCUACUUCCUCUCUAGUCUUUUGUCAAGCAAAUAGAAAGGCAAAUAAAACAAAACCCAAUGGAAAACAUCAUGUGGUCUCUAAUGCAUGUACUGGUUCUAAUGGAAUAUCAGGAUCCAAGCGCGGUAGACCUGCCAAGAAGAGAAAAGUGGACUCAGGAAGUAUUUGUGCCAGUGGACAUGAAGAUUUGCCUCCAAAAAGUGCUGCAGAAGUGAAAACUGCCAAUGGGAAUGGAAAUUUGGAUCCUAAUUCUAAACUUCCCUUCCCAUCUGAGACUUCAAUUAAACGCUCUGCAGUUGCCCCCACUGCAUUUGAUGCUAGACAGUUGUUGAUUGAUAAAGCAAGAUCAGAAAUCCACGGGAAACUAGAAGAGAUAAGGUUGACUUCAGAAGCAGAAGUUGCAGAGGCCAAGAAGAGAACACAUACUAAAGUUGAUAAAUGCUGUGAGGCUGCUAUAAUAUCAGGUUCAAUUGGUACUGGUCAUCGAGCAGAACUGAAGAGAGCUAUUUCGAUGUCAAUAACAGUACCGGACUCAGAUUUCCAUGAUUUUGACAAAGAUAGAUCAGAAGAAUGUUUUAAACCGAAGCAGAUAUGGGCCCUUUAUGAUGAAGAUGGUAUGCCUCGUUUGUAUUGUCUAAUCCGCGAGGUCGUCUCAAUUAGGCCAUUUAAGAUUUUUAUCAGCUAUUUGAGCUCAAAAUCUGAUAGUGAGUUUGGGUCUGUAAAUUGGUUGGUUUCAGGGUUUACCAAAUCUUGUGGGAAUUUUAGAGCGUUCAACUCUGAAAUUAUCGAGCAAGUGAACAUAUUCUCUCAUCUUCUUAGCAGGGAGAAGGCUGGUAGAGGAGGUUGUGUUAGAAUCUACCCCAGAAGUGGAGACAUUUGGGCCGUAUACCGUAACUGGUCACCGGACUGGAACAGGAAAACUCCGAAUGAAGUAAGGCACCGGUACGAAAUGGUUGAGGUUCUUGAUAACUAUUCUGAAGAUCAUGGUGUGUGCGUAACUCCUCUAGUUAAGCUUGAUGCAUUCAAGACUGUGUACCAGAGGAAUAUGAACAAAGAUGCCGUUCAAUGGAUUCCAAGAAAAGAGAUGUUACGGUUUUCUCAUCAGGUGCCGUCUUGUUUACUUAAGGUAGAAGGCACUAACUUGCCCGAGGGUUGCUGGGAUCUCGACCCUGCUGCAAUUCCCGAAGAGCUUCUUCUGGUAGAACCUGAGGUUUGCAACAGUGUAAGCCAUGGUCAGACACAGAAGUUCGUUGAUGCUCCAGAUGAAAAAUGCCCUGCUGAAUUUGAAGGACAGGCUGUUGAAAAGUUUAGUCAAAUAAAAAACAUAACUUCGAGUCCAGACAAGUGGCAUGGUGUUGUAGGUGAUGCAUUCAAAGCAUCCUCAGAAUGAAAUGGGCAUGAAGUCUUAAGGAAGAGAUACGGUAAUGCAUGAAUCUGAUGCUAUCACAGAAGAGCUUCUUCACCUUAAGCUGGAAAAUACGAAGAAAGAGAUGCCAAAGCAGAGACUGAAGUUUGGCAGGUUAUUUCAUUAUCAUACAGCAUUUAGAAUUGGUGAUAGUGUACUGAUCGAAACGCUGUCCUGAACCUGAUAUGGAGAAAUAAAAUUGUUGGAGAAUCGAAACUGAUCCGUACUGCAAGUAUUGUUUUCGGCUGUUUAGCAAUCUGCAACAAAAAUUCAGAUCUAUUAACCGCUCGUUUAUAGAAAUGCUUCUUAUAUUCGAUUUCUCGCAACAUUCUUAGGAAUAAUGUGAUGGGAUUAUUUUGCCAAAUGUGAGCACUCAAGUGACUCUGUUGUUAGUUCAUUUUUAUGUAUACUGUUUUUGCUGCACGACUUUAUAAAUUAUUUGAAGGGCAGAAUAGUCUUUUACUUA